CAGAGGGUCAGCAGACAGCAGAGGCCUUGGUGUCACUGUCACCUUUUCCUAGCACAGCGCUCACCUCGCUUCAGCCAAGGGAAGCCUCUGACGUCCCUGCAGUUACUGCUGCCAUUCCUCAGCCAGGCCUGGAGAAAAACCCGACUGCUGCAACACUCAGUGCCACAGGGGCCCGUGCUACAGAGGUGGAGGAUGCCUUCAUCACCACCACCCCCGUGGCAGGCUCCAAGGCAGAGACACUGCAGGCUUCUACCACUGCCAGUCCUGGGGACAUCACAGUUACACAUCCUGAGCAUGACAACAUGAGCUUGUCAGCCAACAGCAGCACUGAAAUCCCCUCCCCUACCUUGACUGCCAGCACUCUGGAAGGAAACCAGCCCGGCCAUGAAGCCACAGAACCUUUCAGCACAACUGAAGAGACGGAUGAUGCCAGCAGUGCAACCCCCACGCCUCCUCUGAACACUGGGCCCGCAACAACUAACAGCUCUCAGUCAGGGCUUUUUGAUGGGCAGACCCUGAGGCCCACAGCAGCAAGGUCUGAAACCAAGGCAGGAACGAGCCCUGUGGGUGCCACAGAGGAGAGCACUGUGGAGCCCAGAACCUCCUCUGCUCCCACCUCCAUUGUACGGAGCACGUCCUUUGCUACUGCCUCCAGUACUGUGACAGUGACAGUGACACCCCUUGUGACCAGCUCCACGCCUGCCAGCACAGCUGCCAUCCCCACCAGCACGCCCACACUGGCACAGUCACUGGAGCCCAGGCAUGAGAAGACUUCUGUGUUGGAUGUUGGUGAUGAUAAUUCAGAGCUCCCCACUUUGGCUGGUAAAGCAAGGGCUGACCCCUUGGUGAUCACUGUGAUCUCCGUGUUCAUUGUCAUGGUGGCCAUCCUGGCCCUGGUGGGAUUCCUGCGCUACCGCCAGCGCAACAACCGCACCGAGUUCCGGCGCCUGCAGGACCUGCCCAUGGAUGACAUGAUGGAGGACACCCCUCUCUCCCUCUACAGCUACUAGGCAACCAGGCUGUCUGCUGCCCAGAGGAAAAGGCCUUGAGGACUUGGUCCCAGACGAUCUGCUGAGGAAUGAGGGGCUGUGAUUUGCACACAACUGAAAGAUCCUUUUCAGAUGGUUUUUGGUUUUAGACAUUUUCAAUAGGUCAGUGUUGAAGCUUCUAUGCUGCAAAUCAGAGCCCAAGUCUGACCCUUUUCUCCAGGCUCACCUCAAAACAAUGCCCUGAAGAAGUGUCCUCCUUUUAGUGUGGCAACCAAUUAGCCAAGACAACCCUUGCCAUGGUGUUCUGCAUGGAUCUCUUCUGUUGAUCUUGGUGGCUGCUGCCUUCAAAGGAGGUGGGCAAGUGUUUCAGACUAGGGCUCUUAACACUGGUAGUGUCAGCACAGUGCCAGCAAAGGAGACUGCUGUUUUCUGAGGAAGCCAAGGAUGUGGAAAUCAGUUCUAUUGGGCUCCCUCUUGUUCUGUAUUUUUAAGGUUGUUUGUUUUGGGGGUUUUCUUGCACUUUUGUUUUUGUUCCUGUUUCAGCUUUAGUCCCAGUAUUGGCAUUGCCCAUCCUGAAACACCUACAGGAGGAUAAAAGACUACUCUGCUUCCUUCCUAGAUGCACACCUUUUCUCUUCAACCAGGGAAGUGUUUUGUGGCCACUGGAGAAGUGCCCCUGCUACUUGAUGUUGCUUUGAAGUUGCUGGGAGGAAAUUGAACAUAAUGUUAGCUUAACUGAGCUUGACAGGACUCAGUCUAUUGCCAAUUAGACACACUAAUUUGGUCUCACCACAAUUAGGAAACCGUGUCUCCUACACUUGAUGCUUUUGGCAUAUGUGUAACCUCCUUUCCCAAGCCCAGUAAAUGCUUUAGUCCAUUUCCCUGCCUGGGCUAACACAAGCCUUUCCUCAGGUACCUCCCAUUUUGCUUCUAGCAUCUGGUUGCUGGAAGUUGUUGUACAAAGCUGGUGCUUUGCUCUCCCUCCUGUGCUAUGCAAGGUCAGAGCUCCUCUACUUUCUGAUGUUGGUCUUUUGAGCCAGUUGUGUCUUGUCAUGAGGACAGAUCCUGGAUGUAGGUGCCUUCCUCCCCUUCCCUUUCUUGGUGUUAUGCUGAUUAGAUUCUGCACUUUUGCCUCAAAAUAUCACUGCUGUAGACUGCAUCCAAGGCUCUUGAGGCCUCUCAAGGAAACCCAUAGACCAGAGCCUCUGAGUGUAAAUCAGAGGAGCUUUUGGUGCCCUUGCCUCAAAAAGACUGGAGUGUGUGUGACAUGACAAUCUUCAUGUAAUUACACCUGCUCCUGUUUUCUAACUCACAUUUGACUGCAGAAAAAUGGAAACACAUGCCUUCUCUAGAGUGUUUGAUUUUUGACUAAGCCAGUUGCUCCCUCAGGAUACAGCAAGGGCUAGAGUUUAUCUGGCACAUUGCUCUACAAGCCUCAGUUUCUCCUCUCCUUUCAGUAGCAACAUCACUGAACCCCACAAAGGACAGAUACCAAGCCUCACUUGCAAAAGUACCUUUUUUUUUUCCCAGUGCUGUUAGUGGUUGUCAUAGCAGGGUAAGGGAUAAUUCCCCAUCAGCUGAGCUCAAGUAGCCUGGAAAGCCCAAAGAUGGAGCAGAACUGGUCUGGGUCAAAUAGAUGAACUGGGUAAGGCAGCAGUUCCUCCUCCCUGUGCUGCUGCUUCCAGAGUGGCUGACAAAUGGCUGCAGUGCAGUUGGGCUUCAGUUUGGCCUUCCAUCUGUGUAUUUAUGCCCAGUAAAAUAGGGAAGAGGGUUGGUUCUCUUCUAUGAUUGCAUGAGAACUGAAGAGCAAUUGUCACAACUCCAAAGCUUUUGUAUCAAGCAUUGUCUGCACAGAGUGAUCUCCCUAGCUACAGACUUGUUUCCCCUGCCGGAGGGCAGGGUGCUGCUGGUUUUCGGCACAAAGUUGGCAAGUUAGUGGUGGAAAACAGAACUCCAUCCUGGCUGGAACUGGUGCAGGCUGGCAUAUCUGGGAAGUGUGUCUGCACACAAUCAAAAGGGCAGAGGCUGGUUGUUCUGGUUUCCCAUGCAUCGCUGUGCAGGGAAAAGGGGUGAGGAAAAACUCGCCCAACACCAAAGUGCAACUUUGUUUGUAAAAUAUGUUGAUAUUGGAUUUUUUUUUUCUGCAAUAAAGUUACAAAUGCCAAAAG